CCACCACAAUGGUAUGUGCUCAUCCCAUCGACCACUACCACCCCAGAACUACAUGCAACACAUCAUCCAAGCAAAUCAAACCACCCAGCUAACAAAAAGAAAAAAAAGUCUCUCCGCAUCGCCCCAGCCACAAACUACCGCACCCAAACUACCAACACAACCACCCGUCAAAACAUCCCCAUCUCUCUUCCCCACCCGUCAAAAGGCGCCCCCUCAGCCCCCGGUCUCCCCGACACCCUCCGCGACAACAUCACCCUCCCCGCCGCCCGGGGCCCUCCCUCCUCUCAAUCCGAAAUCCCCGCCUCCGCACACCCUCUCGAAGCCCGUCUGAUUGCCUGGCGCCAAACGCAGGAUGCAAUGAAGAUGGAGUCCCUGCGUCGGGCAUACGGUAUCGCGGAGCCCGUCCGCCGCGGCAUGGAACUGAAGCUCGUGCGGGAUGGAACAUUCCGGCCGGCGGUGCUGGGCGGUGCAAAGGCGGGCAAUGUUCAUGAGGAUAUUCUUGUACUCGGUGGACGGGAUACGGAAGUCGGGUGGGAGGAUGUGUUUAAAGGAGAUGAGUUCAGAGAACCACCCACUUUCCACGAUGAAAUGGAGAAGAGACUGCGGAUGGAUUUCUAA